AUGGAGGUGCGGGGUAUGGAUGCUAGCAAUGAUGGUUCAGCUUAUGAGGCAUUCGAGGAAGCACCUCACCAUGGCCACGCGGAGCUGGAGACUGAGGAAGAAGUUCUGUACGAAUGGUAUAACAUGCCAUUUGGUAUAUUUGUUGGGGUUAACAACCACUAUCAGUCAGUUGUUUUUGGGUGUGCAUUAUUGAGAGAGGAAAACGUUGAGUCAUUCAAAUGGCUUUUCAAGAUAUUCACUAAAGCUAUGCAAGUCAAGGAACCAGUGUCUAUACUUACAGAUAAUUGUCACCAGAUGGAUGUAGCAAUCAGUGAAGUAUGGCCACGUGCUAAGCAUAGAGUAUGCAAGUGGCAUGUCCUGAAGAAAGCAAAGAAAAACAUUGGAAAUAUAUAUAGCAGGAAGCGUAGUACCUUCAAGGAUGAGUUCCAUGAAGCAAUUAAUUUGCCUAGUACCCCUGAUGAGUUUGAAAGGGCCUGGAAAGCAGUAAGGGAGAAGUACGGUCUAGAAGAGAGUAUAUACUUGGAUAGGGUGUGGGACAUGAGGGAGAAGUGGGCACCUGCAUACUUCAAAGAGUACGAGAACUUCUUCUAUGAUAGAAUCCAGGCUGAGAACACUGAAGAAUUCCAUUGUUACAACGGGAAAGUGAGCACAACGACUUCGUCCCCAAUCGAGAGUCAUGCUGCAAUUGUUUACACCAGAGGUGCAUUUAUCAAAUCAUGCAAAGCAUUUGCAAAAGCUGACUUGGAGCCUGAAUUGCCUCCAACAUACAUGGCUUUCGAGGAUUUUCCCAUCUACAUGGCUAAUAAACAAAUCAAAAGUAUAGGCUCGUACCUGAUCAACGCCGUCUGGCUAGAGGACCAAACGCCGGGCGGAUCGCAACGCAGUUCGUCGCCACCGCUGAUAGAUGAGACCGCCGAGAAGAAGCGUCGUAUGCGCCGGACGCCGGUGACGCUAUGA